AAUGAACACCACGGUGCUACAGUCUUGCACUACAUCUGAAGACUGCAUCCUCAUAUGGUCCACUCUUUCCUCAAGCUGUUGUGCUUCUUCUGAGGUCACUGCGGUCUACGAGCACCGUCAUGACUGGAGAUAUCUCGGAAAAGAGCUCGCUGCAGUGCGCGCAGCCACUGAUGUACACAGAAGAACGAGAAAACGAGAGCUUUAAGCAGCGUCUCACAGAACAGAAGCAAUCGGAGGAGUCUGUCCGAGGUCGGUGGGCCAAGUUCAACCUCUGCAGCCCACCAUGGCGGAAGUUUUUCUUGUGGCACUUGGGAGAAGACUGGGUCCUUCUCAUCCUGCUGGGAAUCAUCCCAGCCACCAUGAGCUGGGCCAUGGACUUCGGCAUUGAAUUCUUCCUACACAGUACAAUUUGGUUGUAUGAGAAAGCACACAGCAAUGUGUUUCUGCAGUAUCUGGCCUGGGUCUCCAUCCCUGUCGUGCUGAUCAGCUUUGCAGCGGGCUUCACCUACCUCGUGGGACCCCAAGCUGCAGGCUCUGGAAUUCCAGAGAUGAAGGCUAUAGCAAAAGGGGUUGACGUCAAAGAUCAUCUCAGCCUGAACACUCUGGUGGCCAAAAUUGUCGGCCUCACCUGUGCACUGGGCAGCGGCAUGCCUCUGGGGAAGGAGAGCCCCUUCGUCCACAUCGGGGGCAUUUGUGCUGCACAGCUGAGCAGGUUUGCGGCGUUCCUUGGCAAAGUUAAACAGAGUGAGUCUCAGACCGUUGAGUUGGUGAUAUCUGGCUGUGCUGUUGGGCUCGCGUGUUGCUUCGGCUCCCCCGCUGGAGGUGUACUGUACAGUGUAGAAGUAGCCUCAACCUUCUUCAUGGUCAGGAACUACUGGAAAGGAUUCUUUGCUGCUUCCAUCAGCGCCUUCGUGUUCAGAUUUCUGCCAGUGUGCAGUGGAAGUUUUGAAACCAUCACACCUCUCUUUAAGACGUGGUUUCGCCAGGACCAUCCCUAUGAGCUUAUGGAGCUCCUGUCCUUCUGUGUCCUGGGUAUACUGAGUGGUCUUGCUGGAGCAUUAUUUGUCUUCAUCAAUGGUGUGAUGGUGCGCUUCAUUAGGAGCCAAAGACCCAUCAGUCAGUUCCUCGUCAAGACGCGUGUGCUGUAUCCUGCUUUGGUCACUCUUGUGAUUGCCACUCUGACCUUCCCCCCUGGAUUUGGACAGUUCAUGGCAGGGGAGCUGACUCAGAAGGAGACCCUGUAUGCCCUUUUUGACAACUACACAUGGUCCAAGCACCUUCAGGAGGAGCAUUUUGACCCGUCCGACCACUCGGUGGCCUGGAAGCACCCGCACGUCAACGUCUUCGGCACCCUCGCCAUCUCCUUCAUCAUGAAGUUCUUCAUGUCGGCCGUGGCCAUUUCUAUGCCUGUACCGUGUGGAGCUUUUGUACCAGCCUUCGUGAUCGGGGCUUACCUUGGGAGGCUGGUAGGUGAAGUGGCGGCUGUUGUGCUACCUGAAGGAAUUCAUCACAAUGGCACUAUCUUCACUCCAGUACCAGGAAGCUAUGCUGUAGCAGGUGCAGCUGCGAUGUCCGGGGCAGCCACUCACACUGUAUCCACGGCGUUGAUAGUGUUUGAGUUGACCGGUCAGAUCAACUACAUUUUCCCUUUAAUCUUAUCGGUUAUAGUGGCUAACAUUGUGGCCCAAACCCUCCAGCCAUCGCUAUACGAUUGCCUCAUCCGCAUCCGAAAACUGCCUUAUCCAACAGAGCUCACCUGGGGCCACCAUGAGGGGCCUAGUAUUCAGGUGGAGGAUUUCAUGGUGAAAGAUGUGAAGUAUAUCACGUUAACCUCUACGUACAAGGACCUCCACAAAAUCUUGUUCGCAAGACAGUUCAAAUCUCUCCCACUGGUGAAGUCUGCAGAGUCGAUGAUCUUGCUGGGCUCUAUUGAGUGCGUUCAGUUGCGGGCUCUGCUGUCCCAGCACCUCAGCCGUGCACGGCGGCUGGAGUACCUCCGCGACUGCGCUCAGAACGAGAGGAAGCACACGAGUACACCCACCAGUGAGGACGGAAACCAAAAGGACAUCCAAGAGGUCUCUGCAGGUGGAUUUAGUACUACACACUCAUUCUCCUCUGCACCAGUCAAAAGACCACCUGUGAGAGGUUUCCAAGAUUCAGACAUUACCUUGAAGAGUCUUCUCUGUUCCCAUUCUAUCGUGGAAGGACUAGAGGAUGAUGCUGAUGUGGAAGAUACCAUGACUAAAAAAGAGAUUCUGGAGUGGGAGGAGCAGCAGCUGGAGGACAAGGUCAACUUUAACGACUGCAAGAUUGACCCUGCCUCCAUCCAGCUACUGGAACGUACCUCGUUGCAAAAGGUCCACAGUAUCCUUACUCUGAUGAGUCUGGAUCAAUUGUAUGUCACCAGCGUUGGGAAACUCAUAGGAGUCGUGUCACGUCGUGAGCUGCGGAAGGCGUUCGAGGGCUCUGUGAAGAUACGGGGGCCCAUAACGCACCCACCCAUGUCAACCUUCAGAGAGAGCAAGACCAGAUGCAGGAACACGAACACCCCCGAGGCCACGGAGCUCCACAGCCUCCUGGGCAGCGAGAGCAGCCUGGACCAGCCCGCAGAGUCCGAGGAGAAGUGAUGGAUGGAGGGAGGGAGGCGUACUCUUGGGUCUGACCUGAUCCCCUCCCAGAGUUUUAAAGAGGGAUGGAAAGGAGGGAUGAAGUAAUAGAUGGGGAAAUAGUAGCUUCGUUUAAUGUAUUGUUUUUUUUUUUUACCUUGAAAAA